AAAAAAAAUGGUUUUAGCUUCUCUUCAUUCUUUCACUCUCGCAAGCUAUCCGAUCACCGGAUAAAUGUUUCCUCCGGUGGCGGACACAUUCCAUCCCCACUCCCCUACCCUUUUCCACUAAUUUCCAAACAAACUCCAGCUCCCUUGAAUUUAUGGACCCUCGAGAGAUCUCCGAUGAUAGUAACAAGGGUUUCCAGCACUUGUUCUUCCGAAUCUCUUUCGCCCUUCUCUUCCCCAUCUUUUCCUUCUUCCUCCUGUCAUUUCUGGUCGGACUUGCAGUGACUUUCAUCGGCGACUUGUAUCCAAUGUCCGUUCAGUCUCAGUGCAAGAUAGUCUCCAGCAGCGUGGAUCUUAGAUCAGUUAAAGUCUGUGAACUUGGAUUGUUGAAUUACAAAGCCAAGCAUUUCUUUUAUCCCUCCGAAAGAACAAAAUAUAGAUGUCACUAUGAAUACUAUUGGACCUCAGUAUUUAAGGUGGAAUACAAAGAUCAUUUUUUGGGUCAGAAAAGACUUGCCUUUACAGAGGCGCCAAAUGAAGCCCUCCCUCUUAAUUGCCGGCCUGAUUUUGGUGCAGCAUAUCUUACCAAAGAUAAGUUCAAGGUUAAUGAAACCUAUGACUGCUGGUACACAUCUGGCAUUUCCAAAGUAAAGCUGUAUCAUGAUGCGUUUUUCAGUUGUCAAACAAUAACCAAAGAUACUUCCUCAAUUGAAAUGACCAAGCGACUGACCACCAGGAUUUUAGACUCGUGGUUUUCCAGCAAGGGGAGGGCUAGUUAUUGGAGGUGGGAAACGGUAGCAGGUGCUGUUACUGGCUUCUCUACUUCAUUGAUCACAAUCAGUUUCUUCAGAGUUUUACAACAAACAAAAUCUUGGUUGCCCAGAGUCAAUUUAACCCGUAUUUGUUUUCUACUGCUAUACAUUUCUUUUAUGGGUUGGUUGGUCUGUCAAUACUGGAAAAGACUCAAUCUCCCUGCAAUUAAGAAGUUUGAAAUUUCUAGGUAGCACUCUUUUUUCAGUUUUGAUGUGCUGUAGCCAUCCUGAUGAGGACGUGUAAUAUGAUUUUGUAGUUGUGAUAUAUGUAGCAUUUCUUGCCCAAAGAUGUAAAAUUGGGUUGUUACCUGCUAUAGAACAGCUUAGUUAAGAGAAAGUCUUGUAUAGAUAACUGUUCAUAAAGAACAGCUUUAAUUUGAUAUAGUGAUUUGAAUCCUGCAUAGGAAGAUUUCUUCCACCAUGUGAGUUUUAUUUUUCUGCAUUCUACAAUGAAUCAUGAAUGAUAUC